AUGAGCUUCUACAACUACGUUCCCUCCUUGCUGGCUUCAAUCACGUUUGCCGGGUUGUUCAUUGUUGCAACCUUAGCAUUGAUUAUUCUGCUAGUUUUAAAUCUCCUCAAGAAUAUCAAAUCCUGGACAACGGUUCCUUUGAUUUUAGGUUGCCUAUUUGAAUUCGUCGGUUAUCUAAUAAGGUACAUGUCGUCCAAGAAUACGAAUUCGUUGGGCCUAUAUGUCUCGCAGUUGGUUUUCAUCUUGAUAUCCCCUUGCGUCUGGACUUUAUUUCUCUACAUCGUCUUUGCAGAGAUUGUCAAUGUUAUUGAUGCUCAUAUGUAUUGUGUAAUACCUGUCAAAUCGACAAGAUUGGCAAUUAUUGUGAUAGGUACAGUGACAAUAAUUAUGCAAUCAUUAGGUGGAUCGUUAAGGGCUCAAAAUUCGACCACCUUAAUAACUGUGGGGAAUGUUUUCGUUUUCACAGGUUUGGCAAUCCAAUUGAUGUUCUUGGUUGUGUUUAUCUUUGUGGCUGCUUUGUUUCAGCUAAGGAUCAUUCACGUUCCCACGAUUCAUGCUUUCCAGUACAGGCAAAAGCCUUCAAAGUUUAGAAAUUGGCAGAACAUCUUGGCGAUUGUGCUCAUAAGCUCCUUACUUUUUCUUGUUCGUACCGUUGUUCGAAUUGUUGAAUUCUCACAGCAUUCAAAAGGGUCUGUCAUUUCAAGUGAAUUCUAUUUAUACCUCUUUGAUGGAGCUUUGAUGAUCUUAGUUGUGAUCAUGUUUACUUCGCAAGAUAUUGGAGCCACCUUGAGUUACAUUCGAGAGGAUAUCAAACCUUUGACUAGCAUGACCAUCGAAAUGGAGCCGGAACUUAACUGGGAGUACAGUAGGGAAUUCCAAUUUAAGGCAAACAAAUAUGACUUUUGA